AUGAAUAGUACGAGGCCUGAUAUUGCUUAUGUUGUCACUAGAUUGAAUAGGUAUACUCAUAAUCCUGAUAAGAAUCACUGGAUAGCAUUAGACAGGAUUGCUAGAUAUUUGAAGGGCACCAUUGAUUAUGGGCUAACGUUUGGAAGUACACCACCUGUAUUAGAAGGAUAUUUUAAAGCCAAUUGGAUAUCAGAUUCAGAUGAAAUAAAAUACAGAAGUGGUUAUAUCUUUACACUUGAUAGAGAUGAUGUGCCAUGGAAGUCUUCCAAACAAACUUGCAUAGCUCGGUCUACCAUGGAGUCUGAGCUUAUCACCUUAGAAAAGGCAUGUUCUGAGGCUGAGUGGUUAAGGAAUCUCUUAGCAGAUCUUCCCAUUGAAACUCACCCUCCUGUUCAGUAUCAAUCCAUUGUGAUUGUCAGGCCGUAA